CGCUGCAGUAUUUUUGCGUCUCCUUUGAGAGUUGUUCGUCUGGUUUUCUUUUACUUUCCUUCCUCUAGAAAAACUUGUAAACAGUGGAUUUGUCGACGGUGUCUUGUAAAAGGGGCACAACAGAAUGCCAAAGAAAAAGAAAAACGGACUGAGUCCCUCCCGAGCCCCGAUGCAGGCGGCUGAGUACGGGAGCGGUUCCGAGAGUCGAGCACACGGAGCAAAUGGAUCUUUUGUGACCCGGGCGGACUCAUCAUAUAAUAACUUUGGGUCCGUGCAGUCCAGGAGUGGUCAGUUGGAAUCUCAAAGGCGAGACGAAAUCAUCCAGAGCAUGCAGGAGAUGUUUUCACAUCUGGAUCCAGAAGUCAUUUACAUGGUACUCUCAGAAGCAGAUUUUAAAGUGGACAAUGCAAUGGAUUCUCUUUUGGAGCUGUCAGAUGCUGCUGAGGGCAUAGUCCCACCCCCUCCUCCUGUCUCAGGGUUUGAGCAAGCUGCUGCUCUCCUGGGUACUAACACCACUCAGACAGACCUCCUCAGUGGAACGGCAGAGAGCUUUGCCUUUUCAAACCAGCCUGCAUCUCAGCCGGAGCUCAGUCCUGGUGAAACACACCUGACAGAAGAGUUUGAUGCCCUCAUUGAUCAGGAACUUGAGACUUUGUCGUCACAGCAGACACAAGCUAGCUCCCAUCCUUCAAUGUCCUCCAUACCUCUCUCUUCUCUACCCCCUCCUUCUCAAUCAAUCCCUCGCUCCUUGCUGCCUCUUACAUCCCAGACUCAGCUUCCAUCUCCUCAGACCUUACCAGAGCAUUUUGAGCAGGCCUCUAACUCUGACCCCAGGCUCAAUGAGGCCCGUGGCGGUACUUCACCUGUGAGUGAAUUAAGUUUCGGUGGGGUCCAUAUCCCAGAGACGAAAACCAUAUCUCUUGACUUCAGUCACCUAACAGUGGAGGCCAGUUCUACUGAACCACGACCCUCUGCCUUUCAGGUUUACCGUAGACCUGACCAACUCUGUAACCACACAGCGGCAAUGCGGCGUCAAGAAACACUCAGCACACCUGCCAUGUUCUGGAACACUCAGGCUGCUGAGUUUCAUCCCCGCGCUAUGGGACCAUCCUUCAUUACACCUGUCAUUCCUAACCCCACCCCUUGGAGCACUAACCCCAUUACUGCUGCUCAGUGGUUGGCUCAAGGACCUAUCAGACAAGCACCUCUGAAGCCUUCUGCAACUGUACCGAAGUCAUGGACUCUACCCGCUAGAAACAGACUCAAAUUGGAAGGGCAGGUGUUGGUGUUACUUAGAGGGGCUCCUGGAUCAGGCAAAACCACCCUUGCCAAUGCUAUGUUGGCACAGAAUCCUAGAGGGGUUGUAUUGAGCACUGAUGAGUAUUUCACUCGAAAUGGAGAGUACCAAUUUGAACCAAAUUUACUAGGAGAGGCCCAUGAGUGGAAUCACCAGAGAGCAAAAGAUGCUUUUGAAAAAGACCAGUCACCCAUCAUAAUAGACAACACCAAUAUGCAAUGUUGGGAGAUGAAACCAUACGUUGCCAUGGCACUGAAACAUGGGUAUAAGGUGCUGUUUCGUGAGCCAGAUACCUGGUGGAAAACUAAACCUAGAGAGCUGGAGAAGCGCACAAGGCACCAAGUAACAAAGGAUAAGAUCCGACGCAUAUUAGAACGGUAUGACCGAUUUGUCUCUGUCCAGAGCAUCAUGAAUUCACAAAGACCAGAACCAGUGCCAAGUGUUGUGGAUUUGACCCAAACAGAGACUGAGCAAACACAACAAUCUUUACCCCCUGGCCUCAGUCAUCCUGAUCUUGUUGGUGACUCUGGGUUGAGCAAACUGAACACACAUCUUUCCUCAUCUCUGCCCGAUGUGUCCUCUGUUAGGCAGACUUGCAGUAUCGUUUCUGCAGGUGAGGAAGAAGGUGAAAUAGUCUCCUACAGUUCCAAGGAGUCUAUAUUUUUGCAUGAGAACAUUCUGGAAGGGUCUGGAACACCUCAGUCUGAUCUGAUUGAUGCUGAAGGGUUAGAUUUGGAGCUAGAUCUUCUGGACACAGAAAAAAACUUGGGAAAUUUGAGUAGCGGGAAAACUGAAGAAUUAGUUGAGUCAGCACACGAGAAGUUUUCGGAGCUGCCUGUGGCAUUUUCAGAGUCCAUUGCUCAGCGUGUCAGGAGGGACAGAGUGAAUUGUAGACAUGCCCUUGGAACAAGUGAACCUGCGAACUUUGACCCCAGCGUUGACUCUCCAGGGCAAGAUAAGGAGGGAGGAUGUGAAGGUGAGUCUCCUUCUGAGGACAAAGUAGUGAGGCCAGAGCUGUUGGAUUUUGUGGGGGACUGGCCACUGGAAUCUCAAGGUCAACGUCAGGGAAGACGUCAGAAUUUAAUGGAUAAAACUGUUAAGAACACUGUUUUGGAAUCCAGUGUUGUUGAACACAAAGAUAACACUUCUUCCGAUGAAGAGAAGCAUUCUGACACUGACAAGCAGAAUGCAGUUGAAUUUCAAAAACUUGUAGAUCUUCUGCAAGGUGGAAGAAACUCUCCAGGUUUUUACCAAGAUCCAACUCCAACUAAACUGACUACUCUACAUUCCCCUUCCUUCUAUGAAAAACAGGGUAACUUGAACCUAGAUAAUGUGAUUUGCCCUGAACUCCCUGACUGUGUGCUGGGAAGGAUGUUCUCUGAGUGCACUGACCCAAGAAAGGAUUACUCUGAUUCACCAAGUACAUCAAAACAGAGAGUAGACCCAGUUGAGCAGUUUAGUAAAGAGUCUGCUGAGAAGAGCACACAGGAGGAGGCUGAGCAAGAGGACAAUGUAGCAUCAGAGGAGAAAUGCAGAAUCAGCCCAAAUGUCCAAGAUACUCUGUGUUCAAAGGUUGCCAUAGACUCAGAGAGCAGUCUGGAGAGACGGAGAGGUCUUAGCCGAAGAGUGGGGAAAUCUUGUAAAUUGGCACUUACCUUCACCAAUCAAAACCCUUCGUCACCCUGCUCACAGUCUCCAGUUAUUUUGCAUCUGCCCUCUGAUCUUCCACCUACGGGGGAAACACCUUCAUUGCCCAUGGUGUCAUGUCCCAGUGCCUCAGCCCAAACAAACCCUCAGGACUUUGCUUUGCUUUGGCGAAUUGACCAGCUGAAAUGUUCUGAAUUAUCUUUGGACUUAUCUAGUAGUAGUAUGUUUGUUUUGGAGGGGAACUCUUUGCGUUUCACCCCAAAAACAAACGAAGAGGAGUCUGCCUACCAGCAGAGAGUGCCGUACCGUGUGGUCCAUGAGAAAGGUUCUCAAGUGGAAGAGAAUGACUUUAAAGAAUCCCACUCUAAACAACAAAACCUUGAGAUUCUGAGCCGCCAUUUCAGACGCGUUUCCAUUGAUAUUCUGGAGGACCUUUAUGAGAAGUGCCAUCAAGAUAUGGAGUGGACAACUAACUUGUUGCUAGAUUCUGGAGAACAGCUGUAUAAAGAUGAUGAGGAUGACGAAGUUACCUUGGGGCCUUUGGUUCUUGAGAAAGAGUCAUGUGAACCAUCUAUAGAUCUGUCAAAAACUGUGAUAGGCCCCAAAAGUGACCAGGCUAGAGCUGUGUGCUCUGAUGACUCCAGCAACAGUUCAGCAAGUAGCAUCAGUCCCAAGUCCCAAGAAACUAACCUUAGUGACGUUAGCCAAGCUGAUGAUGAUUGGAGCCCAGGUCAGAGUUCACAAAGUGAAGCUGAAGGAUCUGAUGAAGCCAGCAUGACAAAGGAGAUAUGUGAGCCUGAACCUUCCUUUGGAUUAUUAAAGCAGCUGACAGAAGACACUAAAGUACAACUGGAGGUUCCAGCAGCUAAUGAACAACAGCCAGACAAAACAGGUCUGCAAGGUCCAGGGCAACAAGAGAUAUUAGUGACACAAAGUGAGCAAGUUGUUCAAUGCCUGGAGGGAGCAUUGAAGGAAUGGCAUGAAGAGGUGGGAGGAGAGAAAUUAAAGGAGGAUGAAGAGACAAAAGCAGAGGUGAAUGCCAUAACACAGUUACUACUGCAUCAGGUUGACGAAAUGGAGCGCAAAGAGAAAGAGGAGAGGAAGGAACUAGAAAACGAGAAAAAGAGAACUGGACAGGGGAGAAGAGAACCAAGUUCAAUGGACAUACAAUCACUGGAGCUGAAACUUCCAACUGAACUUGCAUUGCAGCUUACUGAACUUUUUGGACCUGUUGGGGUCAGUCCAGGUGCGUUUUCAUCAGAUGACUGUGCAGUGCAAAUAGACCUGAACUUGGCCAAACUUCUGCACCAAAAAUGGAAAGAGACUAUUCAAGAGAAACACAGGCAGGCAGCUCUGUCCUAUCAGCUAAUGCACGAGAGUUCCGUCCAAUGGGGUGAAUCGCAGGGAAACAAAACCAGGCUGAGGGACCAAUUAGGUUUGCAUGAAGAAAUUCCUUUUAUGGAUCACUGGACUGCAUCUUCUGCUCCUGUCUCACUGAGGGACAUCAUGAUUGAAGAGCAGGUCAUGCAAGACAGCAUGGAGAAGUCCAGGUCAAGUCGGAGGGACCUGGAUAAGAAAGAUGGUGCAGCCAAGUUAAAGGAGAACCAGCUGUUUUCCACGUUUCCCACCAUAGACCGACAUUUCCUCAGGGAUAUCUUCAGAGAUCACAAUUACUGUCUGGAGCAGACUGAACAGUUUAUGCAUUCUUUGUUGGAUGACGGGCCAGUCAAAAAUGUAGUGGCUCCUGAACCUGCCCCUCAGCGCAGUGGUGCGCACAGAGCUUCAAGCAAAGAGCGGAGAUGGAAACCGAAAGAUGGGGAGGUGGAAGCAGCUCAAUUCCAGGAUUCGGAGGAUCCGGAAUAUGAGGACUUCCGCACAGAGGCAACAGUGCAGAAACGUCAGCAAAUAGAGUGUUUUAACAAGGCAGCUGAAGCCCAUCGACAAGGACGCAAGGACGUGGCUAGUUUCUACGCACAACAGGGUCACAUGCAUGGAGAGAAGAUGCGUGAAGCUAACCACCGAGCAGCCAUGCAGAUAUUCCAGCGAGUGAACGCUUCACUCCUGCCUCAGAAUAUUCUAGAUCUCCAUGGACUGCAUGUGGAUGAGGCCCUUUAUCAUCUCAGUCAUGUGCUCACUGAAAAGAAUUUGGAAUGCCGUCAGGGUUUGUGUCGGCCUCAGCUGUCAAUCAUCACGGGAAGAGGCAAUCACAGCCAAGGGGGAGUGGCACGUAUCAGACCUGCCGUACUAGACUACCUCAAAAACCAACACUACAGUUAUACUGAGCCUAAGACCGGAUUGGUGCUGGUCACACUUCAUUGAAAGAGUUUACUUUUAGAUAUCUCUCUUUCCACUGCCUUAAUUCAAAACGUCUUCUCUGGGGACUAAUAGUGCCAGUAAUUAUAAUGUUCUUUUGUCUUUUAACUACAUACAUCUUUAUUUUGUUUCAGUAAUUGUGCAGUUUAUCUAAGACAUAAAAAUAUCAAGGUACUACAUAUUUACAAUGUUUUAUUUAAUUGACCUGUAUAUACAUAUUAUACUUUAUUGAAGGUUUAUUGAUGCUCCCUUAUGAGGCCAUUAAGGUUUAACUGAUCCCUAAUGACUACAUUUUUACGUAAUUAGUUUAAUAUUAAUAGAUGUUUGAUAUUUUAUUAUUGCAUAUUGUUUUGUUCCAUACUCUUGCUUUGUGUAGUGCCACAUCAGUUUUAUAAGAUCCAGCUUGUUGUGUUCAGAGUAGUGGGGAUGUCACAGGAUGGCUUAUUCUCUUCAGUGUUGAUGUAUAUAGAAAUAUAGAGUUUCUGGAAAUAUAAAUGCUGAUUCUCAAUCAGCUUUGCAUUUUAGUUUGUUUGUGAGCAGCUUGAACAGAUAUGUGAUCCUAGAUCAAAAUGACAUUUUAUGUCACUUUGCAGUGUUGGUUUUUGAGUUUUAGCUAAGCUUUGUUUUUAUAUUUCCAGUUUAAAAUGUUGAUGCUGCACAUAUUUUAUAGACAUCUUAAUGCUGCUAUGCAAAUCACAAUUCUUAUGUGUGAGAAUUUGUUCUGAAAACUAUUUUUGUGAAAUUGUAUAUUUUGAACCUCCAAACAGAUUUUAUAUGUAAACUUUUGUUUUAUUUUUGUUAUUCUAAAUUAUGGUUGGGAAAAAAAGCUGAAGAGAAGAAUAAAGACUUAACAUGUACAA